AUGAGGAAUGAUUUUAAUGGACCUUCUCAGAAAUUAGUUCGCAUUGGAGACAUCACUUACAAAUUUCCGAAGGAGAAGGCAACCUUUGAGGACGCCAUGCAAAUUUGCGGAAAAGAUAACAUGGAAUUGACCUCAUUAGAUAGCCCCGAAGAAAUGGGAAAGAUAUCGGACUACUUAGCCUACAUAGGACUCGCAGAUAGUCCCUUGUUUACGUCAUUGUCAGCUAUCGAUGGAAACGGGGAAAAAAGUUUCGGCAAAUGGGGCACCGGCCCUCCACCUGGGGGUCCCGGAGAAUGUGUUGUGCAGCAGAAGGGCGAAAUGUACAACGCAUCUUGUGAAGCAAAAAGUAAUUUUGCUUGCGAGGCGAAAGAAGAGACUGAGGGGCUUGGAUUGGAAUCAUUAGCAUCGAUUGGAGAUGCUGUCCUUAAUUUUGUUGGGGGGAAAAACAUCGUAGUGCCAAGUGAGAAAGCGGAUGCUAAGCAGGCGGAUAGCAUUUGCAAAACUCAAGGUCUCGAGCUCGCUUCCUUCGACUCAUUGACACAAUUAGACUCUGUAAAAGAUUUCCUCGGCGACAUCGGCCUCUCCUCUAGCACUUUGAUUACGUCGAUGAAAAAAGUUACAAGUGGUGGCUCCGAUUGGUUAGGCGACUUAGCAUCUGCUUUGGUACCGCAAAAUGAUCCAGCGCAAGACGGAGAAUGCCUAGGUCUGAAUUCGCUGGGGCUGGUUGGCGUUACAUGUGACAUGGUUUCUAACUUUGUAUGCCAGGCACCAGAACCAACGGCAUCAAGUAACACGAUCAGCUCAUUUUUGCCCGUUUCUGAAGCGGACCCAGUCACCAUCAGCACUAAUAGGAAAACAACAGUGACAUCAACCACAAAAAUAGCCUCUAUAUCCUUGCAGGAUAAUACAAUAUCAGUAACAACAUCAGCUGAGCAAGUGUUAAGUUCUCCCAUUUCCACCACAAUGAUGAAAUCACCAGAUGUAACAACAACUGAAGCAGAAGUAACUACUACGGCUACUGAAUCAACCUCGACCGCGGCAACAACAACAACUGUAACAGGAACAGGAACAACAAUCGGUGCAGACGUCACUUCAACUCUUUCCACUUCAAAUGGAGUAGAUUCCACAACCACAGCAACGGGUGGUACAACCACAGCGACUACAACCACAACGGGUGCAACCACAGCGGCUACAACCACAACUGGUACAGCUACAGUGGCUACAACCACAGCGGGUGCAACCACAGUGGCUCCAACCACAACAGGUACAACAACUCGUGCAACCACGGCAAGCACAACAACUAUGACAACUACAACUCCUGGAGCAACUACUACAAAAACAUCUACCUCAACUACCACAGCUGCUGCAACGACCACGUUAGUGGGUUCUUUCUCGAACAGUGGAUCCAAGUUCUUACUUUCUACGGAUAAGAUGCUUUGUGACAGUGGCCCAAGUUGGUGCACUAGCAAGGGAUACUCUAUUCUAUGCAUUGCAAAUGCUGCUGAUUUCAAAAAAAUUACAGACGCUUUGAAAGACACAGCAAUAACAAGCGCACUGAAUUACAAUGGUGGAAAAUUGACAAUUGGUCUCAGGAAAGACAUCACCAAAAAUGUUUGGAAAUGGGUCAAUAAUUCCCCUUUCGAUCAGUCACAAGUAAAAUGGUCUGCAUUGCCAUCGGACUCGGCGGGUUGGUGUGGUUCGCUUGACUCAACAGACCUUUCUAAAGCAACCACACAUUGGAUAACUGACCCUCAGAGAGUACUUUGUGAAAAGAAAUAAAAUUUAUUGGA